AUGGCAGAGAUGAGAGGGGUGCUGCUGGUGCUGCUCUGCCUGUUCCAAUCCUCUGCCGGUUGCGGCCUCCAGAAGUCCCCACUUGGGGACUUUUCCGAGGAGGACCUGGUCACCAGCACACAGUUCCCCUGGGUGGUGUCAAUACAGGACUUGCAGUACACCCACCUGGCGUUUGGCUGCAUCCUCAGCGAGUUCUGGAUCCUCACCAUAGCAUCCGCCUUUCAAAACAGGAAGUCUGCCAUAGUUAUUGUUGGUAUAGCUAACAUGGAUCACAGAAAUAUUGCUCACACAGAGUAUCCAGUCGAUACCAUCAUCAUCCACGAGGACUUUGAUAACCACUCAAUGAGCAAUAACAUAGCCCUCCUGAGGACAGACUCGGCCAUGCAUUUUGACGACCUGGUCCAGUCCAUCUGCUUCCUGGACAGAAAGCUGCAUAAGCCACCAGCCUUGCAGAACUGCUGGGUGUCAGGAUGGAAUCCCACGUCUGCAACAGGAAAUCACAUGACAAUGAGUAUCCUGAGGAGAAUCUCCGUGAAAGACAUUGACCUGUGUCCCUUACACCUACUCCAGAAAACAGGAUGCGGCAGUCACACACAACGGGAAACCGAAGCCGUCUGCUUGGGGGAAGCAGGAAGCCCCAUGAUGUGCCAGCUACAGCAGUUGGAUCUGUGGAUCCUGAGAGGAAUCCUGACCCAAGGUGGAGAUACAUGCCCAGGCAUCUUUAUAUACACCAGGGUGGAAGAUUACAGCGACUGGAUCAUGUCCAUGACUACCAGGGAUGACCAUCCCCUGUUCUCACUCCAACACUGGGACAAUUUUAUACCUCGUCCCUCUUUCGAAGAGCACGCUGCCGUGACACGGAGCACACAUUCUGAAGUGAGCCACAGGAGCACACAUUCUGAAGUGAGCCAAACCAGACGGUCCCAAACCUCCUUCGAAGAACAAAAUGAGCUAGACUUUAGGGAAAAGGGUCUCCGGGAAUCGGGCAGAUCUUCGGAGGCGGCCCUUCAACCCAUGUACUAUGACUAUUACGGUGGGGAGGCUGGGGAGGGGGGGUCUUUUGCAGGUCAGAACAGGUUACAUCAGCCCCAAGAAAUCAUCUUGGUUUUCUUCGUGCUUGUUUUCUUUGGCAGCGGUGUCUAGUCUAAGGGGAGCUAAUCCACCAAACUGAAGAGGAAGCUCAGGAUGCCACGUGCCAGGCAUUCGCCAUGAUGUUGGGGUGUCUGUUUUUGAUAGUUGCACACCUGGGCUGCCACGGACGGCCCCACAGCACACGCUGGGCUGGCUCUCCCUCCUCUGUCCCACUCCCACAUGCGGAAAGGUCACUUUCAUUUGUGCUUGUGAACUAAACGUGGGCUAACAAGUGUCAAACCGUUAGCGUGCCCUGUGGUUCUUUCAGUGACAAUGGUUCCAGGGGCCAGGCGGUGAAGACUCCCCGUGGGCAGAUGUAGCCUGGGAGGUGAUGGCCAGCCUGUCUGGGGAGUUGGGGACACCAGUGAGAGGACCCUGU